AUGCUGAAAAAAGAGGAAGGACAAAAGUGUAACUGUCCAACAUGCGGUAAAGAAGUUGAUUUAGUAGACAUAAAUGCUCAUUUAGAUUCGCACUUUGAAGUACCUGCAACAUCAUCCCCUUCAAAACAAGUUUCUCCCUUUUUUCAGAAAGAAAAAAAUAGCCCUUUAAAACGAAACACUCCUUCUUCUUUUCCUUCUCAGGGAUCUUUCACUCCUUCAUCUACAAAAAAGCCGAGAGCUUCUAAAAGAGACGUACGACCUCUCGCUGAACGAGCAAGACCGACUACCUUAGAUGAUUAUGUUGGCCAGGAGGAAUUGGUUGGUCCUCGUGGGGUUAUUCGAAAUAUGAUAGAACAGGACGAAUGUCCAUCUAUGAUUUUAUGGGGAAACAGUGGAACAGGAAAGACUACCUUGGCCAGAAUCAUUGCGGCUACUACAAAAUCGAGGUUUUUGGAAGUUUCAGCUACUUCAAUUUCGGUACAAGAGUGUCGAAAGAUAUUUGAAGAAUCUCAGAAUCAUCUUCGGUUAACUGGAAGCAAGACUAUAGUAUUUCUAGACGAAGUCCAUCGCUUCAAUAGAGCUCAGCAAGAUAUAUUUUUGCCUUUGGUAGAGAAAGGUUCUAUCACAUUGAUCGGUGCUACUACGGAGAACCCUUCUUUUCGUCUUAACUCCGCCCUCAUUUCUCGUUGUCCUGUAUUUGUCUUAAAAAAAUUGGACAAAACUCACGUUUUAAAAAUUUUGGAACAUGGUUGCCAAUUAGAAAAAGAUCGACUCGGUGACAUACCGAAUAUCGACUCUUCCAUAUUGGAAUAUGUUUCGGCUAUCACUGAUGGAGAUGCUAGAAUGGCUUUAAAUUGUUUGGAAAUGGCUAUAGGAUUAAUGCGUCAAGGUCCUAUUACUUUGGAAGAAAUUAAGGAAAAGUUGGUACGCUCUUCAGCUGUGUAUGAUCGAGUCGGCGAUGCACACUACGAUACCAUUUCCGCUUUUCACAAAUCUGUACGGGGUUGUGACGUUAAUGCAUCUCUGUACUAUCUAGGACGUAUGUUAGAAUCUGGUGAAGAUCCAUUGUACGUCGCUCGUAGAAUGGUGCGCAUUGCUAGUGAAGAUAUAGGAGUUGCAGAUAAUUCUAUGCUUCCUUUGGCUUCAAGUGCAUUUACGUCUGUGCAGCAGGUCGGAAUGCCAGAAGCGGAUGUCAUAUUAGCCCAUUGCGCAGUUGCUUUAACGAUGGCUCCAAAGUCGGUGGAUGUUUACAAAGGGUAUAAUAAUGUUAAAAGAUUUCUAUCUUUGAAUCCCAACGCAGGCAGGGCUGAAAUUCCUUUGCAUAUACGAAACGCACCCACUAAUUUGAUGAAACAGCUUGGAUAUCAUAAAGGAUACAAGUACAAUCCAGACUAUAAAGAUGGUCUUGUUAAACAAGAAUAUAUGCCCGAAUCUAUUCGAGAUGCCAAAUUUUUCAGACUCCCAGCUGAGCUAUUGGAAGAUGAAGAUUUAGAAAAAUGA